GGAUAACUGGAUUGUCUAGCUUCAAGUUCUACAUAAGAAAGUAUUAGCAUGGGAGCAGUUUGUGGAAUAGGCAGUACAAUUGCUGAGAAGGCUCAUGAUAAGCCUGUGAGAAACCCAAAUAAGGAUAGAAUCAGAGUAACAAGUCCAUCAUUUUCCUGGCCAAAUUUACAAAGAAUAAACAAAGAACAAAAUCAAAAUUUUGAAGAGAGUUCUGGAUAUACUUUGAGGAGGAAUGAGUUACACUCACAUCUUUCAAUCACUGCCAAAUUACUUCCACCAAAUAUUGAUUUUAUAUUGCCAAAGAAAUUUCUGAAAAGCAAACUGAUAAAGGACAUACACCAUUACCCAGUGAUAAAGGUGCUAUAUAGGGCAAAGAGAAUAUCUGAUACUUACGCUGGAUAUGAAAUUAUGGACCCUUUGAUUGAUUGGGGUAAUAUAGCUGUAAGAAAACAAGUUCCCUCUGUUAUGCCAUCUAAGUUAUCUGGAUCCUUCAGCAUAUUUGCACUGUUAGAGAAAGAGGAGCGUGCUAUACCUAACACAGUAAAGCUACAUGCUCUCAACAAUGGAACACAGAUUUCUCUCUCUGCUGAUAUAAGUAUUCACAGCCAGCUGCCAGACCUGGUGUAUAUUCCUUUGAUUAAAAGGAUUGGACAAGAACAGAGCAGACUUUCCCAGCCAUUGGUAACAUCUUAUACUCAACCAUGCAUGAGUUCAAGGAGUCAGAGUAAAGGAAAUGAUGAUGAUGAGCAUAAGGAGGGGAAGCAAAGUGUAAGCAGCAGCAUAGAUUCAGCAUAUGAUAGUAGGUCAAGCUUAACAACAAAUGCAGGAUCUGUGAAGCAGAAAAGGAGCAAAAUACAAAAAGCAGGGAGCCACCAGGUUCCGCCAGUUGAUGAGGAAGAUGAGACACACACACCUGAGAAUGUCAUAAAGGAGUCGACAAAGAAGCCCAAGCGUAAAGACACACCAGGACCAAAAUCUUUCACCAAAAACAAACUUCAACUGAAACAAGCAGCAAGUGCAGUUCUAGCUGUGUCAGAAUCAAAAGAUAGAUUUAAAUAUACUCAAGAAGCUAAAGGAAACAUCAACAGUGAGGCUGGGACUGUUGUUCCUGAGACUGAUCAUACCAUACAAGAUGAUGAAUGGGAAGUUAAAGAUAAGAAUUCAAAGGGAGACAAAUUUGCAGUGAAUGAAAAUUUGGAAUCGAGCCUUUGGGAAAAGGACAAAACAGUGCUGCCAUCUGUUCAAGAAGAUGAGGAGAACAUUGAUAAAGAAGUAGAAGAAAAUGUGCCUUUAAAUAGCCCACGUCUACAAUAUAUUACUACACGUGCAACACCAGCCAUUCAGGAAAACUCUAAUGUGCAAGCUCUUAAUUCACAAAAACAAGGUGUACAGAUUGACGAACAUGACAUAGCAGCGAAUGAAAAUUCAGGUGAAACAAGAGAAGAGAACAUUGAGGGACCCACAGAGGAGAAAGAGGACAUUAUUAAGAAGAAGACAUCUGAUAUAACUGCAGAUCCUGAACAAGAUAGUAACAUGGAUGACAUCAACAACAGGAUGAAUGAAGAUAAUAAUGGAGAUACCUAUAUUUCUGAAAAUGUAAAUAACAUUGCUACAAUUGUUAUCCACAAAUGUGCCUCAAAUAAUGAUGUUAAUGAAAUUGAUAAAUGCCACGACAAUGAUGAAACAAAGACUGGGAUGGCUAAAGAAAUUGAAUGCUCAAACAAAGAUGACAUUCCAGAUGAACUCACAAAGAGCAAACCCUCUUGUGAAGCAGACAUAACUACAACAGAGGCUUCUCCUGAAAAGGAACGCAAGGCAAGAUUUUCACGUCAUGAUAGUAUUGAAGAACAAACUAUAAGGAAAAAUUUGACAUCAGAGGAUGAAUCUCAGUUAGAGGAAUCUGUUAGUUAUAAUAACAGUAACCCAAGACGUAGUAUUCCUGAUGACCAAUUAUUGCAGCCAGAACUAGAUGCAAGUCUGCGAGGGGAGCCUCUGUCACGAUCUCUUCCCUCUCUACACGAUCCUCCAGUCAAUGACAUGAGUGACUUGGAUGUAUCAGAUCAAGUGCAGCAUCUGAUUUCUUAUGAAAAACGCCGUCAUCUACCAAAGGGAAUAUUUCGAAAAGACACUCCUAAAGCUACAGAUAGAGGUCGCUAUGAAAGAGGAUUUUUACGUCAUUUACGCUCUAAUGCAGUGUGUGUUGAUGAGGAUGGUAAAAGUGAGGAGCCAACAAUUUUAACUGACGAACAAUUAUUGGUGAAUGUAUCAUCUGAAAGUUCCUGUGACACGAACAAUGGAUUAACAGAUGAAGCUAUUAAGACAUAUCAGUACAGAAUAGAUAACGAAAUGAGUGAAAUACUUGGAAAAGCCACGAAGGAUAUGGAAAAUACAAAAAUGGAUGAUGUUAAUAGAGAUACGCCUUCUCCUGAUAAGGCUGUUAGGUUUUCAGUUUCGGAUGGUACUCCAUCGCAAACAACAGUAUUGCCAAAGAAGACAAAGCUGUUGAAACGUAAACCUACUCCCGCUAGGUUACCUAUGAUGGAGAGAAUAAAAAUGAAGGAUGGCACAGAGACUAUAGUAUGCGAAGAACUAGAAGAGGAAGGGGAUCCAACAAACAGUGAAGAUCAAUCUGAAAAUGAACUCCAACAAUCUGGUAAUAAUCCUAACAUAGAUGAACAGGUAGAAAUAGAAGAACAGAAUCACGUGGAUGACAAAUCUGAUGCACCAUCUGAUAGGACCUAAAUACAGUGAGAUAAUAGGGCAUCCUGCAAUAUUUAGCAACAACAUGUUGUGGAUAAUAUUACAAACUCACGAAUCAAAGUAUUAACAAUGUAUUAAUGACUGGUUUGAAUUGCAUUGUACAGUGUAUCGCUGUUCUAUGACUAAAAGUAUCUGAUUCGCCCCAUUAGGAUAUGAGUAUAAAUUAGAUAAAGUGUACAAAUGAAUUGAAUCUAUGAAAAUGAGAAUAGAGUUUUGUUGCGGUGAAUGGAUGAAACAUUGAGAAGUACUUCUAACAGAAGUGGCCUGUCAAGAGUUGAUGGAUUGAAAUGUCACUUUGAACUUCAUUAUCUGACUGUAGAAUUAUAUGUGUGUACUAUUUAAGUAGGAAAAUGCUUU